AUACAUAUUGUGCUUCUCUCUCGCACGCACGAGGGUUUCCUUAGUUGUUCAUUAUAGAAUAUUUUCGUAAUUAUUUCUUAUGUUGUUUGGUGUAUAAAUAAAUAAUUAUGUGAUAUUGUAGUGAAAAUAUUUGUAUGUGAUCAAUGGAAAUUCAAACUUUCAGUGACUUUCGCGCUUAAAUAUGUUUUUCGCACCAGGAAAGUUUGGAUACCAUAAACACAGAACAUGCUAAGCCGAGCGAGAUGGCUCAUGCUGGCGAUCGCCGCCAUGCUUGCGCUGCAGUCGCGAGGGGAAGGUGGUAUACGGCUUCCAGACCAGCCCCCACAGGAAGAGGGCCGAUCAUUGAACUUUAAUGAUGAUAAUGGAAGAUCGCCUCAAGCACAAGGACGUGGUCUUCUAGACUGGAUAGGUUUAGGAGAAGAUCAAGACCCUUACAUCCAGCAAGCGACACAGCAGUGCAUCAGUGGAGACCUGGCUGAUUGCUUCAAAGCUCAAGCACUGAGGUCUUUUGAUGACUUCUUUGAUAAACAAGCGUACCAAUUGUCCGAUAAUGCAGUGCUCGUAAAGGUUGAGUCCCAAGCGAGGGCCCUUUCUCGUGAACCUCCUGAGUUCAGUUCUCAGCCACGAAGUGACGACUCUGAUUGGGACGGCCUUGUCAAAUAUGGGUUACGGAAAAUCGAGAGGUUUUUACGAUCAACCGCUCUAGAGAUGCAGUUAGACAACGAAGUGACAUCAAACGGAGUCAUAGCUCCACGUUUUAUUGACGAGAUCGCUGAUGAAGUGGACAUAAUUGAAGACAAGAAGGCUUCCCCGUUCCGUCGUCACAAGCUCAAGAAAUUGAUCAUACCCAUGCUGCUGAUCUUGAAGCUGUUCAAGCUCAAACUGCUCCUCUUCUUGCCUCUUAUUCUUGGCCUGGCCAGCUUCAAGAAAUUCCUUGGAUUCAUGGCUCUCGUCAUACCUGGUGUUAUCGGCUACUUCAAAUUCUGCAAGCCCAACCUAUCAUCUCCAUUCUCCUCUAACCACUUUUCCGCGCCUCAGUAUUCGCCAGCUGGUAUUGGUCUCAGCCCGUACAGAGAACCCGCACAUUACGGACAUUAUGAUACUUAUGCCGGUCACAAAUAUGGCUCUGGUGUAGCAUUCCGAGAACACGACGCAAAUCCACAAGACCUCGCGUAUCAAGGUUGGGAAUAUAGAAAUAAAAAAGGCUCAGAUGACAUUAAGGCUGAAGAGGCUUGAGCAUUAUUUGAAAAGUCAGUUUGAAAAACGCUCAUGUUACCAUUUAUAUCAUAAUUUAUUGUUGUUUUGACGACAAGGCAUAAAUUUAGUCGAAGGCUUACAGGUGCCAAAAUUAAGAACUUGUACGCCGUAAUUACAUACAUAUUUUCCAGUCUUCAUUUCAAAUUUGACUAUGUGAAUAUGGAAAAUUUCAAAUCCAUAGUAUAAUUUAAUAAUCACACUGUUUUUCGUCUUUAUUUUCUGUUAACUUUUAUUUUAAACCUAUGUAUCCUGCUUUGGAUUAAUUAGUUUGAUUAACUUCGGUUUAGACAUAUCAAAAAAUUAAGAAUGGAUAUUUUUAUGAAAACCAUACGGCGUACAUAUUCUUAUGGAACAUUCUAGACGAUACGUAUUUGUAAGGUUUGCUUAUUUCUCAUCAUAAAAAUGCUAAUUUUAAACUGCUAUUGUAUCUCCCCGUAUAUUAUUGUAAUUAUACGUUAUAUUUUCUAUUGUUAUUGAAAAUACAACGAAUUCAGACAAUGCUAUUGGUAACAAAUUCCCUGGAAAACGAUUUUUGUCAGAAAAUUAUAUACUUAGAAGCGACGUUGUGUUAACAAUAUAUUUAUUUCAACAUGUAUAAUAAGAAGACUCAUAAAAAUUUUUGUUGUUUCUAUACUCGUGUACCAAACGGUACGAAUAAGUGUAAACUUUAUAAGUUUUUGUAAA